CGCCAGCAGCCAUGGCCGACUCGGACUCUUCGCUGUCGUCUGCGCCCCCGACCGACGAUGAAAUGGACCUGGGCAUUCCACAGGCGACGGCGCCAGAGCCCGCUGCCCAGAAAAAGAGGAAGAAGAAGAACGGCACCAUCUUGACUUUUUUCAAACAUCGCUCGCCUUCGCCGCCUCCCCGCAAGCGCGACCCCUCGCCGCCCCAUGAGCCGGUCCCAGAGGACAAUCCAGACAUUGCUUUCAUCGUCAUGUUCCGGUCGCGCUUCAACGAAGCAUUCCCGCGCGGCUCCCCCCAUGUCGGCCCUCAGGAUAUCGAGUCAGGUGUCGCGGGCGACACGCCGUCGGCCGACGUCGAGGGCCUGCUGUGCGCCCUGCUUGGCCUUGUCCUCAAUCGCAAGAAGCCUGUCGAAAAAGGCCACUACGGUCGGGCUCUCGAGGAAGCCAUGCAAACCCAAAAGUCGCAAUGGCCCGCCAAAUGGACGACCAACCCACUCAGUGGCGGUCGCAGCUUCAAUACAAUGGCAGCUGAAGAGCGGAUAACUCUGCUCCACUCGCUGUGCCUGUGGAGCCUCAACCAAAACGAGCAAGUCAAGACCAUGAUCAACACGGCGUACAAGUCACGCACCACCAAAGACAGGCAAGACACAAACAUUCCCUUGUCGGUGCAGGCUUGGGGUCGUGAUGGCGACAAGCGUCGGUACUUCCUUGUCGAGGGACAAAACGACACCCAUUUUCGUGUCUACCGCGAGACAGACCCCAAGUUGAAAAAGGUACAAUGGGUCAGCGUCGCCGGCUCCAUUGACGAGGUGCGCGCCCUCGCGAAGAAGCUGGAAGAGGUCGACGGUCACAAAGAAGCAAAAGCACUAGGCGAACGCAUGCUCAACGCCAUCCCGCGCUUUGAGGCUUCGGAGAACAAGCGGAAGCGACGCGAGUAUACACGCCAGCGCAAAGAUGCCUUUACACGCCCCGAACCCGGCUUCUCUCUGUACGAAGGCCGUACCCGUGGCAAGCGACAGCGAUAUACAUUUGAUGAAGAGGAAGACUUUGACUCGGACAACCUUUCCGUGCGUCGUUCUGGGAGACAAUCAGGCCGCGACACUCCUGCAGCACCCUCUGGCCCAACUAUCACCGCUAGCGGUCGGCAGGUACGGUCCCGGGCAACAGGCGCAUAUGGAGAGAAGCUGCACAGCGGACAGGUCGCAGACCACCCUUCACCCGCAACUGGCGACUACAUACGAUCAGACAUAUCAGAAGAACGACAGUCAGGCCAUGGUGGUCGGGCGACACGCGCAGCCAACAGAGGUACCACAAACGGGCGUGUAUUGAACCGCACGCUGGAUUCAGAAGAUGAUGAGGACGCAACAUCCUGGGACGGUGGAGACGACGAAGAGGAUGAAGCUGACCAAAUCGACUUGGACGAUGACGACGACGAUGGUGCCGCCGAUGCUUCGUCUGAGGAAGACGAGGAGCCAAGCCUUAUGGUCACCCUCCGCUAUCGUAAACCCGGGUCCGACGCUCAAGAACCCGAUACCGCAAUGGCCGGCAAUGAAGCUACAAACCCUUCUGACGCCCCAACGUCGCAACCAACACAGCAGCAUGCCACGCAUAAUCACGAGCCAGUAGCAUCCGUAUCCCAACCCGAGGUAUCCUCAACUCUGAACGGCCUUUCCACACCAUUCCAACAGCUUCACGUCGCUCCUCCUGUCCCCGUCGCUUCUCAGCCACCUGCAGUGAAUUCAGACUCCACGCCCAGACAAGACGGCUUCUUUUCUGCGCCGACGCCGCCAUACAGCGCACCCGAGGAAGCGCCCAAGCCGCAGACAGCAGCUGACCAAGCUCCUCGCAUCAACAUUGAGGUGUCUUCAGCGCAAUAAGCAGCGCCUAUCUAUUUAUCUGUUUCCCUUGGCCGCCCGCGGUUUUUGACUCAACGACUUGCUUUUUUACGGCAUAACUACCACCAGUCCCUUGCUAUUAAGUGUGAGCAACAAUGACUAUACCC